AUGCCUAUCGUCGCAUUUGGAGGUCGGAGGCUUUUUGCAGAUGGAAGAAUAGCUCUUGGGAAUGAAGAGAGUGGGUGGGUGGACUUGUUUCGCGCUGAAGAUCUAGAAUUGCAGGGAGAAAGCGUGUGCGCAUGUGACUCAUCAUCAGCAGCAGCCGCAGCAGCAGCAGCAGCAGCAGCAGCAGCAGCAGCAGCAGCACGAAGGGCACCCUCACGAGCACUACGCCCUUCAGCAGCAGCAGCUCCAGCUGCAGCUUCAGAGACAGCAGCAGCUGCAGUUGCAGCAGCAGCAGCGGUAUCAGGAGCUGCAGCAGCUAGCAGCAGCUGCAGGGAGAAGAGCAGCAGCAGCAGCAGCAGCAGCAGCAGCAGUACGGCGAGCCCUCUGGGCCAGUACAGUCGCGACUACCCCCUGGAGUCUGAUGAAGGAAAAUCGGAGUCUGAGGGAAACCAGCCAACGCGAGACGCUGCUGCAGGCUCGGCAGCCGCUGCUGCAGCAGCUGCUGCUGCUGCUGCAGCUGCAGCAGGCUUCGGGCUGCUGCAUCGCCCCCGCAGCAGAAGCGAGAAGUCUCAACACAAGGCCUUGCGAUCGCUUGUGCCCCUCGACUUGAUGGCAGCGUACGAGGAAGCAAAGGCGGCACGAGCUGCAACUGCCGCUGCCGCCUCUCCGCUUCCACGGCAGCUCGUGAAAGCCGUGGGGAUGCCAAACAGCGACAACAUCCAGUCGAUUAUCACUGCAUCCCUCCAACAGGUGCUGCUGCUGCGGGAGGCUCGAAAGGCAGCAAGCGCACGGGGGGCCCCUGCGGAAGCAGCAAGGGAUGCUGCCACUACGGCAGCCACCGCUUUGUGGCAGCUGGAUCGAAGCAUAGCCGCUGCACUGCUGCACCAGCAAUGCUUAGCAGCAGAAGCAGGCUUGCUGCUCGCAACCAGAGAAGAGCUGUUGCGGCCUUGCCUCAAGCUUUGGACAGCAGCAGCUGCAGCAGCAGGUGCAGGAGCUGCAGGAGGAGUAGAAGAUGCAACAACAGCUGCAGCAGGUGCAGUAGCUGCAGGAGGAGCAGAAGAUGCAACAACAGCAGCAGCUGCAGGAGUAGAAGAUGCAACAACGGCAGCAGCCGCAGGAGUAGUAGAUACAACAACGGCAGCAGCUGCAGGAGUAGUAGAUGCGAAAGCAGGCAAAAGCUCCUCAGCUGCGGCUCCCUGUGUGCUGACGGUGUUAGAGGCUGAAGGAAUCCAUACGUAUGCAGAAGUCGGAGAGGCCCUUGUCUCGCGUGUGGCGUUUGCUCGUGGGGAGGCGUUUGGGAAGUAUGCGCAUCUUGCGGCUUUGAAAGAAUUGCAAGUCAGAGGGGAGCUGUGGCAGCUGCUUGAGGACCACGCGGGGUGUAGCGACACCUUGGCGGGGAAGAAAUCGCAUGCACCCGGAUCUGGAGGUGUAGAAAAUGCAGCAAUUGCAGCAAUUGCAGCCGCGAUUGCGGCCGUCGAUGCACUUCGCAAGGUGAACACUUUGUUGUUUCCCAAGUUGCUGCAGCAGCUGCAGCAGCACAUGCCUUGCUGCGGGAUUGCUCUCCUGAGCCGCUGUGCUGCAGCUGCAACACACCCCGCAGUGCGGAGGCUCCUUGUUGCCGCGGCAAUCCCCAGCAGUGCGGGAGUUCACUCGACGAGGCGUCUGGCAGAAGCGCCAAAAGCAGCAGCCCGCAGGCUCGACUCUUGGGGUGGGGGUAGGGGUGAGGAGGAAACGGCCAUUAGUUCUUCCCCCAUGCGUUCCGCAGCGACCUCUGGCUAUUGCGACAACGCCGAAGAAGGCUUUUUGGAAAGAAGAGGACAUGCGCGAAAAGGCUUUCUCCCCAGAGAAGCGCUGAGAUCGUCUUGCUUCGCGCGGAAUCCAAGAAAGCCUCUCCAGACGGCGCCCUCCGCUGCUGUUGGUGCGCUCAAGAAACUCGGCUUUGCCGUAGAGAGAGCUGCUCGGGAAGGCGAGAUUUCGUGGACUGAGGCUGCCGAGUUCGUUCAGAUCCUCCUAUUGGGCUUACCCAUGGCAGAUGCAAAAAGCCUCUCUAUCCUCGCCAAUGGACUGACACGACUGCACCUAUGGAACCAUCCCCUCCUGCCUCUAAUCUUUCAAAGGGCACACUCCGUGCUGCGUGGAGCGAGCUGGCAGUCUCUCGCCUUGCUGCUACAGGCCGCAUCAAAGGUGGAAAGCUGCAGACCAGCUGAUGCUGCGAAUACACCCUGUAGCGGCGGAUGCAUGCAUAGCGGAGGAGUCGUGCACGUGUGUGUCGGCCCCUAUGGGUGGGGUGUUACGGGUGUCUUAUGCUUUCAGGGAGGCUGCUGCUGCGCGGACGAAAAGCUGGUGCAGAUGAUUUGCUGCGAAGUGCUGAGCCGCCUCAAGGCUGAAGGAGCUUGGGGGGAAGCGCAUGUCUCCUCUGCUGGCCCCUCUGUAACUGACACGCAGUGCACGCAGCGUCUCGCAGUUCCUGCUGCAGCUUUGCAGUCCGCUCCUCGAGCACGCAGCAUAAGCAUCAUUGCGUAUUCACUGUGCAAAGCUUUCCCCGUCCUCGAGAGUUUCUCGGAGGGGAGGCGGUGGGAGUUGCUGAGCCGUCUGACGCAACGAGCUGCAGAGGCAGUGCGCGCCUUCAAGUCUGCAGAACUGGCCAACACGACUUUCGCGAUUGCUGCGUUUGCCAGAAAGGCACGGGGGACUGCCUCAGGUUCCUCUGCGACGGCGUCUAGCGUCUGCAGACCGUGCGAAAAAAACGCCGCAGAGGCAGCACUGCCACACAGAGAGUCAGUCGCCUCCAGUUCUACACCCGCAGCAGCAGCCGCAGCCGCUGGAAUCCGGGGUACAGGGCAUGCAAGGACUGCCGUUGGAUCGUCGUGCCUCGUCAGCGCAGUUCCUCCUUGA